AUGCCGUCUGCUGUCCUCUCCCUCCCUCCCGACCGGACGCCCUGGACAGAUUGGAUCAAUUCACCGCAGUGCCAUGGAUGGUGCGGGCCUGCGACUGCCAUUCUAGAUCAUCAAACAAUGCAUCUGUCCCGCCCAGACUCGAGGAUCGACACCGAACGUCGUUUUUCCCAGCACGCCGUGCUGGACGCCACGUUAGACGGCCCUAAUCCCGCGAGACUUCGCCGACGGGCCUCCCAAGGAUCUCUCCGCACCCGACCAUCCCCCGUCUCUCGAUUCCUCUCCAAGAGCAGCGUGGCUGUCCACUUCCCCUCCUGGGACCAACGCAGCUCCUCUCCCGGUCCUGCAUCGCGGAAUCGGUCAACGGAAUCUCGAUUACGCUUGUCGACCACCGUAUCUCGCGGGCCGAGACCCUUGACAGCCCAUUCUCGCUCUUCUUCCAUCUCCACCUCGCCCUUGAACUCGCCGCCACUCGCCUACCAAUCUGACUAUCCAGCCACCUUGCCACCCACGCCUCCCGAGGACGAUAGCCACGUCUCGUGGAACCCCAAGUCCGAAAUGCUGCUCUUUGACGACCACCCGCAUCAAGAGCCGGGUUCCUCCGCCAUGAUCGACGAGGUUCCCAGAACGGACAACUCCUCAACGGGUCGCUCAGAUACCUUGAGUAGUGCGUCAGAUCGAUCCUCACAUGGAUCAUCAUCCAGCUCGAGCGGGAGUCCCGGGCCUCACGAUGAGAUGGACCUGCAACAGGACGUGGGGUCAUGGCUGGACCAUGGAAUUAACGUAACUGUAUCAUCACUGGCAAGCUCAAAUCCGCGAGGCGACGCUGUCAAAAUUGUCUCGCAAACCCUACCUUACCCACGACCCUCCGACCAAGCCGUCUCUCUUCCCAGAAACGAUAGUAUCUUCUACUCGAUUGUCCGUGCCGUUCACGAUCACCUUCAGCCCGGGCAAUCCCCCUAUAUCAAUGUCACUCAUGCCGUUCCUGAGCAAUUCUCCCUCUCCGAUCUUCCCCACUCCCCUCCUAGUACUCCCCGUUCGCCCACGGCCGCCGACGAGUUCUUCAAUGCCACCGUCUUCUCCAGUGCCGCCGUGGUCGGUGCCUACCAUGACUACCGAGGCCCCAUUCAACGACAAGUUUCUCACGCUCCGGUGCCCAUCGUUCCACCCCACAGUGUCCAUAUCUCCGUUCUAGAAAGGUACCUGCCUCCGCCCUCAGCGCAGGAGUACCGUGAUGUGUUUUGCGCCACCCGCCCAUCCUUCCUCGUCGAUCGUCUUUCCGAACUGUCUCCGGAUGGCGGUUCGCUCUUGUUCGUGUACCCCACGAAAAAGGGCGCGUCAACCUUCAAGUCUCAAUACUUGGGACCCCUCCUCGACCCACUCCUCCGGCAACUGGUGGUUGUGAACGGUCUGUCCGCCGAUGUGGGACGACAUCUGGGCAAGAUGUCCACCGUCUCCAUGAUGGACGACUUUGCCACCAUGAAGGCCAACUUGGCCGCACUGUGUGAAACCCUGAGCUCCCAAUCUUCACAAUUCCAGAUUGUGGAUGCUGGGAAGAGCAGUGCUCGUCUUGAUCGUGAACUUUGGGUGGAAUGGUACAUUCACCAGGAGAAGGCGCGGAUCAAAGAGGUGCUCAAUCUGUACUCGCAGAACUCGCGUCGACUCCCAGUGAACAAAGCUCUCACCACCGGAGUCGCCGGCAGCCUCAUGCCCGACAAGGAAGUGACUUCGUCCAUGCUCCUGGGCGAGAUCUUCGAGGGCAUUCGCAAGCGCCGCUACGGCGAGGAUAAUGAACCUCGGGAUGGAGUUGAAUUAGGGGUCUUUGUGAUUCGUCGGACUCGCUAA